UUUAUCAUCAUCUCUGCAUUUGAUGUGGCUCAGGCAUAGCAUCUACAGCUAGCUGUCCUGCACCAAUCGAGUCCUUGUCGAACCACAGGAUGUACGUGCUUCCUGUCUCGAUAAGUCUCGUCGGUCUGUCCACGAUCGUCGUGGCGUUGCGGCUGUAUACGCGCAUCAGACUGGUUUGCUCGCCAGGGUGGGAUGAUUGGUUUCUGCUGCUUUCUUUGCUGACGGAUUAUGCAUUCUUCGGGGUCCUCAUGGCUGAACAUACGCAUGGCUUGGGAAAGCCGCAGGCGACUCUCACGCAAAGCGAAUAUCAGAAUCAACUCAAGAUGCUUUGGAUAUCAGUGCCACUAUACAAUCUGACGCUAAAUCUCACCAAAAUAUCCAUGGUUUUAUUAUACUUGCGCCUUUUCACCACAAGGGUCUAUCGAGUCUUGUUAUGGGUUCUCCUGGUCCUGAUCGUUUGCUCAGGCCUGUGGAUGGUUAUCGGCACAUUGCUCAUCUGCAUCCCGGUCCAGGCAUUCUGGGAUCCCAGCAUGCCGCAUACGUGUAUCUCGCGAGAAGUGGUUUGGUUUCUCAAUGCGGCGCUGCAGAUCGCCGGUGAUUUGAUUCUUGUGAUUCUGCCCAUGCCUCAGUUGGUCAGGCUGCGGAUACCGCGAAGGCAGAAGGUUUGUGUGAUGUUUAUUUUUGCCCUGGGGCUUUUUGUCUGUGCUACCAGCGCAGUCCGCUUACACACGCUCGUCCUACUUACAAGAGCUACAGACUAUAGCCGUUUGAACGGCAUCGUCGCCAUCUGGUCCUUUGCCGAAUGCAACGUCGCCAUCGUCUGCGCCAGCCUUCCAACCUUCAGACAGCUCAUCUACCAGAAAUUUCCCUGGAGUCUGCCGUCAUGCGCCAGGGCAUCCCGUAGUCAGGGCGAAAAACGAUUACGGGAUCCCGCGAUGCUCUGGGAACCUUUCCACGGUAACGCCGGCUACUCUGCGGAUGUGUCUGUGGAUGUUGGUAUGGAUUCGAACUCACACUGUCAUUCGGGUGCUAGUGGUAUUCAGGUGGUAAGGGAGCUACGAUGGGAGAUGGGCUCGGCCCCGACCAGGUGUGAGGGUGAGGAUGAACCUCGACCUUUGAGUGGGAAGGCUGAGCAACCGGAUUUUGAUCGUAUGCCAGAUCUACAGUUUCAGGUAUGA